AUGACGUCGUCUGAAGUGGAUUAUACGACACUGGGCUUUCAAACUAUUAAAAUCGAAAUCAAAGGUUAUAUUGCCAUCGUUUAUUUGAAUAGACCCACUUCACAUAACUCAUGGAAUGUGUUAAUGCAGGAAGAGUUAGUAAAAGUAUACGGUUUGAUAGAUGAAGAUAAUCGAAUCAAAGUAAUCAUCUUAAGUAGUAUACCAGUAGGACGACAUUUUUGUGUAGGAGCAGAUUUAUCUAACAGUGAUUUUUCAAAUCGUGGUCAAACAAAUCAGAAUGGAAAUUCAAAAUAUGAACCCGAAGAGCAUAGGGAUACUGGUGGAAAGGCUGCAUUAGCUAUUUAUCGUGUCAGGAAACUUACUAUUGCAGCUAUUAAUGGUGAUGCUGUGGGAAUCGGGAUCACGAUGGCACUUGCGUUUGAUAUUCGAAUCGUUUGGUCGGAAUCUAAAAUCGGGUUUAUCUUUGCAAAACGUGGUAUAGCACCAGAAGCAUGUAGUUCAUUCUUCUUACCAAAACUAAUUGGUUAUUCAAAAGCAUUAGAGAUCUUCCUUACAGCCGAAAUCAUACCUGCUCAUCAUGCUUCACUUAAAGAUCUUUUUUAUCAACUAGUUGAGAAUCAGAAUGAAGUUUUACCCACUGCUUUGAAUUUGGCUGAAAGGUUAUGUAAGAACAACAGUGUGAUUUCAAUGGUUGCAAUCAAACAAUUAGUUUGGCAUUCAUAUUCAACACCUGAAGAACAACAUUUAAUUGAAUCUGAAUUUUUAGUUAGAUUAGGUAAUUCACCUGACAGUAUGGAAAGUGUAAAGGCUUUUAAAGAAAAAAGGAGAACGUAUUAUCUAUCUAAAGUACCAGAUGAUUUAGUGAUUGAACCUUGGUGGAAAAAUAUUGAUGUACGUUCUCGAUCUGAGUGUAAACCAAAGCUAUAAUUCUUGAGUGUAUCAAUUUUCUGUACCUUUCAAUUUUUUGAUUGUAAUCUGUUAUAGCAAUCAUUGAUUGAUGAUGUUUUUCUUGAAAGAUUUUAAAAGUUGUUUCAGUAAGCUUGAUGGAGUAUUGUCUAUUGCUUUUUAAGGUUAUGAUGACCAAAAUGAUCAUCUAAAAAGGUUUCAAGGUUG